CUUUGAUGAAUAUGACAAUCGCUUUGUCUGUCAGUGUUAGCCAUUUGAGAGGAGAAACCAGUUGUUUGUUUGAGAGACUCAGUCAUCAGUUACUCUUUAAAUGAUUGGUCGCCUAAACAGAUCGUCAUCGGCGGUAAUCACUUAUAUCUUAAGAAACUGGCCGUUAAGAAAACAAUUGGGUUUCUAUGCAUUUUUGCCGCUAUUCUUCGCCAGCGGUGCUCUCAUCGAGUAUUUGAUGAUCAACUGGGAGUUCAAUUCAGUUAACUUUUAUAAAGUCUAUACCAAGAAGUACGCCCAGACAGUGGCCAAACAGGCCGUCGACAUUGAAGUGAGUAUCGAUCGGCUAAUUGAAUCGGAACGGGAAAAACUGGUCAAACAAUUGGCGACAGCUAAACAACAACAACAAAUCAAUGAUAAACAAGAAGCCGACGGGCAUUCCGACAAACGCAAUGGCCAAUAGCCGUAACAGACAAUUGUCGGCGGCAUCGGCUAACUCGAUGACCAAUAGUCUUAGCCGGCAGUCGUCG